CUGACCGGUUAGGUUUCGUGCGAACAGUACACACACUUUAACGUUACGUGAUAAUGAAGACCUUAAAAGCAAAGUUCAGUACGUCGGAGUCCUGGAAUAAGAGGGAUGAAAGGCUGCUGCAAGCUGUGGAGCAGGAUGAACCAGAAAAGGUGGCAGCCCUGUUGAUGAAGAAAGGCCUUUGUCCCUCUAAACUAGAUUCUGAAGGAAAGUCAGCAUUUCAUGUUUCUGUAUCACGGGGACAUGUGGACUGCUUGGAGGUUAUUCUCUCCCACGGUGUCGACAUUAGCCUCAAAGAUAGUAAAGGUUUCAGUGCCCUUCACCUUGCUGCCAAGAAUGGACACGUUCAGUGUUUGAAAAGACUGCUACAGGAGCAGAUGAAUGUUGACUCCACAGACAGAUUUGGCAGGACUUGUUUACAUUUUGCUGCUUUGAGUGGAUCCAUGUCUUGCGCUGAGAUCUUAUGGGACUUCAAAGCGAACCUGAAUAUUCAGGAUAAAGAUGGGGCCACCCCAUUAAUCCUUGCAGCCCAGAUGAAUUGGAAUGAGGUGUGUGUCUUCUUAUUAAACAGAGGUGCCGAUCCCAACAUACAAGACAACCAGGGAAGAUCUGCUCUUAUGCUAGCACACGAGAACGACAGCUGGGAGACUGUUGAAGUGUUGCUGAAGAGUGGUGCCAACCCCAAACUCAGUAAUGACCUGGGGCACAAUGCCAGUCACACAGCUGCAGGGGAGACAAGUAAAGAGAUGCCCUCUACACUACCAGGGGUGAGCACAGCUCGCAAGAGAAAGGCACCUGCUCCUCCAAAAUCUCCCCAACAGGCCGAGGAUGAGGAAGUGUACGAGGAGAUUCGCAGGCUGCGGCUGGAGAGGGGACGUCUUCUACAAAAGGUCAAAGCUCUGGAACAGCAACAAAGCAGUGCCACUAUUGCACUGAAAGAGGUGAGCUCACUGAGACAGCAUUUAAUAGAGGCAGAGGCAGAGCGAGAUUGUCUGCAAUUGGCGUUAGAGGAACUAAAAGUUCAGCAUUGUGGUGCAGCCUGCGAUUUAAGGAAAACAAGUGAUAAUACUCUUGACCUCCCAGCUGAGACUUGGGGGCAGCCAGAAGACACAGAGGCUAGACAGCUGAACAGCAUGGAGCGACUAUGUAGGCAAGUGGAGGAGUUGACUGCACAGAAUGCUGAACUGUUGCUCAAAGUGCAGAUGCUGGAGUUGUUUGAAAAGGAUGACACAGACAUGCAGAGCUCCACCCUAGCCUUUGUGUCCAUGAGUACUUAUGACUCUCUUAGGAGGGAGUUUGAGCAGCUGCAGGAGAAAUACAUCAGUGCACAGAAUUCUACUGAAGGCUUAGCCAUUGCAAAGAAUUUUCCUGGAUCUGAAAAUAAACCUAAAAAAACAGUUUAUGCUGAGAGCAAAGAGGAGGUUUCAGAGGGAGAAGAAGUGAUGGAUGCAAUAAAGCAGAAAAGCCUAAAGGAGCAGCUAGCUAAUGCCUAUACCGAGUUGGAGGAGCUAAGAAAACAGAUACAGCUCAGUGCUGGCACCAUGGAGUUUGCAGAAUUAGUGACAAGCAAAUAUUCUGGAACUGAAAAGUACUGGUUGAACUCAAACACCCAGGAGCUGACUGCUAGUGUCAAAGAGCUGGGGCCAGAGCUGGCCAACAGGCUGAAUGAGCAUAACUCCAACAUAAUUCGGCACCUAAAACAGAGGGUUGAGGAGCAAGAGGAAACUUUACAGGUGAAGGAAAAAGAGGUCCAAGUGGAAAGAAAGUUGGUUAAGGGGCUUAAAGAAAGGAUUAGAGAGCUGGAGGAAAUCAUGGAGCAGACUACUGGAAAAAGGUGUUCAGCAGAAGGUGAAGAAGAUACAAUAAGUAAAUUGCAGUCUCAGGUUGCAGAGCUGGAGGCUGAGCUGAGACAAAGCAUUCCUUAUGAUGAGUUUAACAAGAUGCAGCUAAACCUAGACCUGCAGCUCAAGAAGCUGACUCAUGAGCGGAAUGAAGUGGUCUUGCAACUCAGUCAGACCCUGAUGGAUUUGGAGAGGUUUAGAUCUUCAACCGAAAUUGUCACAGAAAAAGAAAAAGAAAAUGACAAUAAGUUGGAACACUUUGAUGUUUUUGACCCAGCCUCUGUAUCAGGUAAAUACAUUUGCUUAUUAUAUAUUACAAAUACCAUUCUUAUUUUUGCAUCACCACAGGAACACCUGGAAGUGGCAAGUCAACAGGCAGUGAGGGCUCUGAUUUGUUCUUGCUCUGAGAGAGAAUGCUUUGGUGACAAUGUCCUUCAGCUGAGGAAUGCAAUACCACUGGCUAAACAUGAGAAGGAGCUUUCCACAAUAGCUGAAGAACUAGCUCAGACAGAGAUAAAACUGCAGGCUGAAAGAGCACUUAAAGAUCACAUACAGGCUAAAAUGGCCCAGCUGGAAAGUGAGCUGCAGGCUUCACAACAUGAUAUGAUCAGCAAGGAGGAACAUGAGAAGAUCAGGGUUGAGUUGCAGCGUUGCCUAGAAGAUUGUCAAAUUUCUGUAGCAGCAGCUCACAAGACCAUAAGUGAAAAGGAUUUGGAGCUGAAGGAGCUCUCUCAGAAAGCAAUAAAACUAGACAUGGUGUCUAAGGAGGAUCAUGAAGCCCAGCAGCUCUCACUGCAGGCUGAGAUCAAUGCUUUGACUGGCCGUCUGGCAGACCUGACACGCAAACAUGAGAAAACUUGCACAGAGGUAUUCCAAGUGCAGCGGGAGGCUCUCUUUAAUAAGAGUGAGCGUCAGGCAGCUGAGGCACAGCUGCUCGUCAUUCAGCAGCAAUUAGCAGACCUGCAAGCCCAGUCAACCCACAUCCAACAACUGCACCAAAACAUUCAGCACUCACAGGGACUAAUAAAAGAGAAAGACCAUAAGAUUACAGAAUUGUCUAAAGAUGUGUUUCGUCUGAAGGAGGCUUUGGGAGCUCUUAGUCCUCCAGUGGAUCAAUCCACCUCUACUCUUUCUCCUGGAAUACCAGGACAGCAGUUGGCACUGCAGAACAGAGUGUUUGCACUGAUCCAGCAAAUUCAGGACUGGGAGCUCAAGCACAAAUCAGUGGUGGCUGUAUAUCGGUCUCAUCUUCUUGCUGCAGCUCAGGGUCGCAUGGAUGAGGAGGUACAGAUGCUUUUGCUACAAAUCCUCAGAAUGACCCAAAAUGACCAGAGCAAUUAAGAUACAUGUAUCUUACUGUUCUGAAAGUACCAUUGAACUGAUAUUUAAACGAUUAAAACUUACA